GGAUCUCCGGCUCCUGCGGGGAACGGGUCCGUUAGGUUGGCGGACGGCAGUCUCGAGGGGGACGCAAGUUCUGACUCAUCUUCCUACUUCUGGACACCUUGGGGCUCCUCCAGGAUGGCCAGGGAGUCAGGCCUAGGAGGACAGGAGACUUUCUCCCGGCUCCUUUGUCCUUCCCGCAGCCCUGCCAGCCGGCCUCGUGGAGGGGAAGGAGGGGGAGCUUAAACGAGGACUCUGGCCCCAGUUGGCUAUGACCAAGGAAUUUGUGACCCUCAAGGACGUGGCCAUGGACUUCACCUUGGAGGACUGGGAGCAGCUGGACCUGGACCAGGGGGACCUGUUCUGGGACACGGCUCUGGACAACUAUCAGAGCCUCUUCUUGCUGAACCCCCCUAGACCCAAACCGACCUCCCAUCCGGAUGGUGGGGAAGAGCUGGAGGCCCCGGUGAGCAGAUGUCUGGAAGUGACUGGCCCUGACAAGGCUGAGACCAAGAACUCUCCUCGGCAUCAGGACUUCUUGGAAGAAGGGCUCUCCCAGGAGAUGAUGGAGACGUUCUCCAAGGACAGCCUCUGGAACUCCAAUUUGGGAGAAGCUUGCAUAGGUGAGAGCUGGUUAGACAGUUUGCUAGGAGAUCCAGAGAGUCUUCUGAGGUCUGACAUGGUCACCAACAAGGAAAGUCCCACAGAAUGCAAGAGUCACGAACUCAGGAGAGGCCCCAGUCCCGAGUCCUGCCUCUUCCCAGGAAAGGAAUCCAUGAUGCCUGAUCUUCCUGAAAAGAGCGUGACAGCAGCUAAGUCUCAGGAAUGUAGGAAUGACUUUGGCUGCUACUCAGACCAGAGCCAGCAGGAUACUACUGUCCAGGGAGGGGAGAAGCCAAAUAAAUGUAGUGAAUGUGAGAAGAGCUUCAGCCGGAGUUACGAUCUAAUUCAGCACUGGAUUACUCAUGUCAGGGAGAAACCUACUGUGAAUCAGGGAUAUGAGAAAGGUUUAAGCCAGAGGUCUUGCCUCUCUGUGCGUCCGACGACUCACACAGGCUACAAAUCCUAUGGGUGUAAUAAGUGUGGGAAAACUUUUAGUCAGAAUACACACCUUCUGUGGCAUCAGAAAGUUCACACUGGAGAAAAACCAUGUAAGCAUCAAGACAGCAUCUGUCCAUCCGGUCACGGCACACAGCCUGUUGAGCAUCAGAAAACCCACACAGGUGGUAAAUCCUACAAAUGCAACGAGUGUGGCAAGAGUUUCAGACAAACCUUUCAUCUUAUUCGGCAUCAGAAGACCCACGCUCAGAAACGCUACGAAUGUGCCAAAUGCAAGGCGGCCUUCACCUUUAGCAAAUACCUCCUCCAGCAUCAGAAAAUUCAUACUGCAAAAACUACCUCUCAGUGUCAGGAAUGCGGGAAGGCCUUCAGGCAGAGCUCGGCCCUCGUCAAACACCAGUCUGUUCACACUGGGGAAAAGCCUUAUAAGUGCAACGAGUGUGGGAAACCCUUCAGCCAUAUCUUGACCCUUAAGAUCCACCAGAGGGUUCACAGUGGAGAGAAGCCUUACAAAUGCAGUGAAUGUGGGAAGGCUUUCUACCGGAGCACUCACCUCAGUGAACAUCAGAGGACUCACAUGGGCUACAGGCCCCACAAAUGUCACAAAUGCAUCAAGAGUUUCAGCCGGCCCUCCCACUUGCUCCGACACCAGUCCACUCACGCCACAGAAAAGCCCUACAGCUGUGCCGAAUGCAGGGAGACCUUCAGCCAUAAGGAACACCUCGUUCAACACCAGAAAAGCCAUACUGUGGAAGCCCCCUAUGAGUGUCAGGAGUGUGGCGAGCGCUUCAUUUGCAGCUCAACCCUAACUUGCCACCAGAGCGUUCACACCAGAGAAAAACAAGGACUUGAAGAGAGCGGGAAGAUCUUGAAUCAUAACCCGGAACAGAGAGAGCACCCAGGGAUCGGCAAGAAGCGCUUUAAGUGUGACAAAUGUGAGAAAACCUUCAGCUGCAGCAAAUACCUGACUCAGCACGAGAGGAUUCACAGCAGGGUAAAGCCCUUUGAGUGUAACCAGUGUGGGAAAGCCUUUGGCCAAAGCACACAGCUCAUUUGCCACCAGAGGAUCCACGCUGGGGUGAGGCCAUAUGAAUGCAGGGAAUGCGGGAAGGCCUUCAUCCGUGGUGCCUCAUUCACCAAACAUCAGUCCACCCACAAGGGCGAACCCCCCUUCAGAUAUAACAAAUGUGGAAAGAUCUUCAGCCAAAGUGUGUGUCUCUCAGAACAUCAGUUAAUUCACACUGCAGAGAAACCCUUUAAAUGUGAGGAGUGUGAUAAAGUCUUUGCCCAGGGUAACUGCCUCAUUCAGCAUCAGAAAACUCACGCCAGAAAGAAAUCCUUUGAGUGUAAGGAAUGCGGAAAAACGUUCCGCCAGAGCUCCUGCCUUUCUAUUCACCAGAGAGUUCACACUGGGGAGAAGCCCUACGUGUGUGCGGAAUGCGGGAAAGCCUUUUCCCAGAAAGGAAAUCUGAUGCAGCAUGAGAGGAUUCACACCGGGGAGAAGCCUUAUGUCUGCGAUGUGUGUGGGAAAGCCUUCGGCCUCAGCGCCCAUCUCAGCCAGCACCGGAGGAUUCACACCCAGGAGAAACCGUAUCAGUGUCGACAUUGUCAGAAAGCCUUUCGCUGCUGCUCAGGGCUCAGCCAACAUCAGCGAGUUCACGCUCAGAAGUAACAAGUAGCAAUACUGCCAGGUGGCAGCAGGGUCCCAGACAUCUGAGAACGUGUUCAUCCGCGGCCUGAAGUGGAAACCAU